AUGGGCAAGAUUAUCUUCUACGAGGAUAAGAACUUUGGUGGCCGUCACCAUGAGUGCAUGAGUGACUGUGCUGACCUGCACUCUCUCUUCAACCGUUGCCACUCCAUCAGGGUGGAGAGCGGCUGUUUUAUGAUCUAUGACCGUUCCAACUUCAUGGGUCACCAGCAUUUCUUAAGGAGGGGGGAUUACUCUGACUACAUGCGUAUGAUGGGGAUGAAUGACUGUGUCAGGUCUUGCCGUAUGAUUCCCAUGCAUCGUGGUACCUUCAGAAUGAGGCUGUAUGACCGUUUUGACAUGGGUGGCCAGAUGACGGAACUGAUGGAUGACUGCCCUAAUAUCAUGGACCGUUUCCAUAUGAUGGACAUCCAAUCCUGCAACGUGAUGGAUGGCCACUGGCUCAUGUAUGAGCAACCCAACUACAGGGGCAGACAUUACUACCUGAGGCCUGGCGAGUACAGGAGAUACGCUGACUGGGGUGGAAUGAGCCCAAGGAUCGGCUCCAUCAGACGCAUCAUGGAUCUCUAA